AUGGAAGAUCCCAUCACCAGGUUCUACAAAUGCAGAAAAACCUGCUGUGAGAUGCUCGAGGACAGGGGAUACGUCAUAACACCCAGAGAAAAACUGGAAAACUUUGCUACCUUCAAGGAACAGUUUGAGGAAAAUGAAAAGCUACGAUCCAGAAUGACCAUCAUAACAAGUCACAAGAAUGACGAGAGCAACAAAAUUAUAGUUUACUUCGCAGAUGAAACUAAGAAAACGGGAGUUAAACCUUUGAGAGAGUUGACGGAAAAAAUGGAUGAAAAAUCAAUUCAGAGAGCAAUACUUGUAACGCAAAAUACCUUGACGCCCUUCGCUCGAGAUGCAAUUAAGGAGGCUGCUCCGAGACACAUCAUAGAAAAUUUUUUGGAUACCGAAUUGUUGGUUAACAUAACGAAGCACGAACUGGUUCCAAGGCACAUCCCUCUCACGAGUGACGAAAAAAGGAACCUCCUACAAAGAUAUAAGAUUAAAGAAAACAAGUUGCCUCGAAUUCAAGACGUGGAUCCUGUGUGUCGAUACUUCGGCCUCGCAAAAGGACAGGUUGUUAAAAUAAUCAGACCCAGUGAAACGGCUGGUAGAUACGUGACCUACAGGCUUGUGGUUUGA